AGCCAUUGCCCAAAAUUUUCAAACAAUUUAAUGGUUUAGUGGUGAAACAAAUGACUGAGACGGAGAUGGAGCAUCCCAGGUUGAUUCUACACAGUUUCCUUACAGAAGAUGAAUGCAAGGAAUUGGAGUUCAUACACAAGAGCUGCAGUACGAUUGGAUACAGGCCAAACGUGUUUUCAACAACGCUUUCUCAUCUCAUCGCCACUAACUCUGCUCAUCUAAUCACCCCUUUUCUUCCCAUCAGAGAUAGGUUGAAAGAGAAGGUGGAGGAGUUCUUUGGUUGUGAAUAUGAGCUUGUUACUGAGUUCACUGGCCUCAUUAGUUGGAGCAGAGGAGCAAGUAUAGGUUGGCAUAGUGAUGAUAACAGGCCUUAUCUCAAGCAACGCGACUUUACGGCAGUGUGUUAUUUGAAUAGUUAUGGGAAGGAUUUUGAAGGCGGACUGUUUCAUUUCCAAGAUGGGGAACCGAAAACGAUUGCUCCUAUGGUUGGAGAUGUCGUGAUUUAUACAGCUGACAGCCGCAACACUCAUUCUGUGGAUGAGGUAGCCGACGGAGAACGGCUGACACUUACUUUAUGGUUCAGCCGUGAUAGUUCCCAUGACGAGGAUGCUAAACUUAUUUCACUACUUGAAGAAAACCUAAUGCACAAGUCUAACAAUGUGCCAUGGUCAUUCCUACCUUUGCCAGCAUCGGAUAAUAUGUACUGGUUUUCACCUAACCAAGCUUCUAAUCAAUACAUCGAAUUCGAUAUUCGCUUGGGAAGAUUACAUGCUCUUGGAUUUGAUGUAUAUUAUUCCCAAGAUUUGAACUUUACUGCGGAUUUGUCUGAACUCCUUAUGGAACCGAUGCAAUUAGCAAGGCGAGAUCAAUUGAUUGACCAUAAAUUUGUCAACAUUCUGCAUUCACUUCAGGUGGCACAGUUUUACUUUUGGAAAUUGUGCAAAUCUCAAGCUUUGACAAACGAAGUUCAAUGCGACAAGGCUGUUCGAUUAUCACAACCACAAUCCGAGAAGAUUACUCAGGUGAAUUCUGUUUUUCUGAAGGAUACUAAACUGGUGGAGUCCGUUUUUCAUAGUGCGGAUCAAUGUUAUUUUGAUCCAGCCACUUUUUCUGGUGCUAUUACUGCAUGGGAAGACUAUUCAUGCAAGUUACAUAAAGAAAUAUUAUUGAGCUUGCCUCAAUGGAGAGCUCAUCAAGCUAUAUAUAGUAUCAAAUUUGAUGUGUCAUGAUUCUGGAGGAAAUUUAGUUAUAGAAUCUAUGGUGAUCUUGUGAUAAAUACCUCAGCUUAUUAGCUAUUUG